UUUAGGUGUGCACUUGUCAACGAUGCGCGUUCCCACACCCCUCCCCUAAACGUCGGUGGGCAUCGGUGACGCGCGUCUGGGGUUCAUGUUUAUGUCUGUCAGGUUUCCGAUUGGGCGCCGUCUAGAUGUGUGAUGAGCAUCCGCGCGCCGUGGGCGGGAGCACUCAUGUUUAUAACCCACAGUACGCGCGCCGUGGGCGGGAAGAAGACUUGGAUUGAGAAAGUAGCGAUUCGAGAGUGAGGACGCGCGCGGCAGCGGCGGGCGGCUGUUGCUGACAGGAGCUCGUGGAGGAGGCGCGGCUUCCACUGCCCCUCCACAUAAACAGCUGUAUGGACGACCACCUUAGCCUCCUCCACUCGCCUCCGCCUUCCUCGAGCAAGCACCGGGGCAACAACCUCGUGAACCACGGAUACACCGAAAACGAGCAGGACAACAUGACAAUUGUUGCUUGCGACAACAUGCUGGAGGAGUCGGCGGCGCUGCCCGGACACCAGUCGCUCGAGCGCUACGAGCCGGACCACGAGUGUUGCGAGAGAGUUGUCAUCAAUAUCUCGGGCUUGCGAUUCGAGACGCAGCUCAAAACCCUGGCCCAGUUCCCCGAGACCCUGCUCGGCGACCCCAAAAAGCGAAUGCGCUACUUCGACCCUCUCAGAAACGAGUAUUUCUUUGACAGGAAUCGCCCGAGCUUCGAUGCCAUUUUGUAUUACUAUCAGUCAGGCGGGCGCAUACGGAGACCCGUGAACGUGCCCAUUGACAUUUUCUCCGAAGAGAUACGCUUCUAUGAGCUCGGGGAGGAGGCCAUGGAGAAAUUCCGCGAGGACGAGGGCUUCAUAAAAGAGGAAGAGCGCCCUUUGCCCACCAAUGAGUUUCAGCGACAGGUGUGGUUGCUGUUUGAGUACCCGGAGAGCUCGGGUCCCGCCAGGGGCAUCGCGAUCGUCUCCGUGCUGGUCAUUUUGAUAUCAAUCGUUAUCUUUUGUCUGGAAACGUUACCCGAAUUUCGCGACGACAAACACGAGAGGAUGGUCGCCCCGCACGUGAACGGAACUCUCCCGUACUUCACGAGUCCCUUCUCAGACCCGUUCUUUGUCGUCGAGACUCUUUGCAUCAUCUGGUUCUCGUUCGAACUGCUCGUCAGGUUCUUCGCGUGCCCGAGCAAAGCCACGUUCUCUAAAAACAUCAUGAACAUCAUUGACAUCGUGGCCAUUAUACCCUAUUUCAUUACUUUGGGGACGGAGCUCGCUGAAAGGCAAGGGAACGGUCAACAGGCGAUGUCCUUGGCUAUUCUCCGGGUCAUCAGACUUGUGCGCGUGUUCCGGAUAUUCAAACUCUCGCGGCACUCGAAAGGACUCCAGAUUCUGGGGCAAACGCUCAAAGCCAGCAUGCGCGAGCUGGGCUUGUUGAUAUUCUUUCUCUUCAUCGGCGUCAUCUUAUUCUCGAGCGCCGUCUACUUCGCCGAAGCCGACGACCCCGACUCGGGCUUCAGCAGCAUCCCCGAUGCGUUCUGGUGGGCGGUGGUAACCAUGACGACCGUGGGAUACGGCGACAUGCACCCGGUCACAAUAGGGGGCAAAAUCGUGGGCUCCCUGUGUGCGAUUGCGGGCGUGUUAACUAUCGCUCUGCCAGUGCCAGUCAUCGUGUCCAAUUUCAACUACUUCUACCACCGAGAGACUGAAGGAGAGGAGCAGGCGCAGUACCUGCACAUCGGCAGCUGUCAGCCUCUGUCCUCCUCCGAGGAGCUGAAGAAGACGCGCAGCACCUCGUCGCUCAGCAAGUCGGAGUACAUGGUCAUCGAGGAGGGCAUCAACAGCGCCUUCAAGCAGCCCAACUUCCCCUCGCAGAACGACCAGAACUGUGUAAACAUUAAGAAGAUGUUCACGGACGUCUAGACGCGCGUGUCUGCGCGAUAUGGCAACGCUGCAGGUUAAUGUCAUCCUGACAGGGCGCAGACGGAAUGGUUAGCUACAUGUUUUACGCGCCAGUCCCAUGCAGUGUGUAUCACCUGUUUGAUUGAACCAUUGUACUGUGAGGAGAAAGCCUCUGUCGGCUUUCACUAUAUUUGCUGUUUUUAUACAUUCAUACAUGUAGGCAAUAUGUGUGUUUGUGUGUGUGUGUGUGUGUGGCAAGCCGACUUCACAUUUAUUCCUUAAACUAGUAGGCCUAUUUGUUUUUAGUUUUUUUUUACUUUUAGUAGUAUUUUUGAUGACUAGUAAACUAUCUGCCAUUGAAUUAUGUCAAAGCACUUCAGGCUAGCCUUUAGUUACAUUUUAAUCUUAGAUAUUAUGAUAAGUUAAAGGUGCAAUUUUACCAGGUGAGCUAUACAAACGUUACUAACUAUUGGGAUAGACAUCAACAUAUCUAAUAAAUAAGUAAUUGAAAAGCUGGAACAAGUGCCAGCAACAAUUAUAAUACAUCAUUAGAAGUGAAUAGUUUAAUCCAAUUAUCCUCUGGAAACAAUCAAGUUUCUUGUUAUUUGGUGACUAAUAUCUAAUUUUUAGUAUCUAGUUUACUGGUUACUGGUUAUAUAUAGGUUAUAUACUGGUUAUAUAUAUGUGUGUGUGUGUGUGUGUGUGUGUGU